AUGCUAGCUUUUGUUCUCACCGUAACAAUCCAAAAAGAAGAACGUGGUGAAAUCCAACUGCAUGAACUAUGUCGAUGUUUCUCAUUUGUUGACAUGCAAUUAGCAACCAACAACUUCAAUGACUCCUUGGUCGUUGGUGUUGAAGGAUUUGGCAAGGUCUACAAAGGCCUCAUCCACCACGACGGUGGUGCCAUAACCAUCAUUGUGAAGCGGUUGAACACCCACUCCAAUCUAGGCACUCAAGAGUUUUGGACAGAGGUGAAGAUGCUAUCCUAA